CACCACCACCACCCGAGUCCUCUCGCCUACGUGGGGGCGCCGCUGACAUCCGCAUGGCCGCCGGACACUUCGAGACCCCGGUGCUGCACAAGUCUGCAGAGCCGCGCCGGAGGCCCGCUCCCCGUGCCCGCGGGGCCCACCGCAGACCUGCUGGAGGACCUGCCCGAGAGUCGCGAGUGCGUGAACUGCGGUUCCAUCCAGACGCCCGCUGUGGCGCGGGACGGCACCGGCCACUACUUGUGCACGCCUGCGCCUUCCUCCCGGCGGCUUGGAUUGUCCUGUGCCAACUGUCACACCACAACCACCACUUUAUGGCGUAGAAAUGCCGAGGGCGAACCUGUGUGCAAUGCUUGUGGACUCUACAUGAAACUCCAUGGGGUGCCCCGACCGCUUGCUAUGAAAAAAGAGGGAAUUCAAACCAGGAAACGAAAACCCAAGAACAUAAAUAAGUCAAAGGCUUGCUCUGGCAACAGUAAUAAUUCCGUUCCUAUGACUCCAUCUUCCACCUCUUCUAACUCAGAUGAUUGCAGCAAAAAUACUUCCCCCACAACACAACCAACAGCCUCAGGGGCGGGUGCCCCGGUGAUGCCUGGCACAGGAGAAAGCACUAACCCCGAGAACAGCGAGCUCAAGUACUCAGGUCAAGAUGGGCUGUACAUAGGCGUCAGCCUGGCCUCACCGGCCGAAGUCACGUCCUCCUCGGUGAGACAGGAUUCGUGGUGUGCACUUGCCCUGGCCUGAGCCUGCUGCCGCUGCUGGAGCGGGGAGGCCCUCGGGACCUGUGGUGAUUAUGCCACACUGUGCAAACUGGGGCGAGUAUGCCGACAGAACAUUCCUCUGAUGUGUGAUUUCCGUGCCUUUAUUUUGAAAGAGAUGCAUUUCCCAAGAGGCUUGUUCUGCCUUACCAGCCAGCCCCUGUCAAUGAAGAGCCAGGGAGAAGAUGGAGCGCUUCCUGGGAAGGCCGGUGCAGCCCACAGCACGCUGCCUCCUCCCUGGCUGCGGCCACUUCCAACCAGCCUGCCUCUGGGUCUGCCAGGGCACCCGCUGUGCCACUUCCAGAAACCUGGACUAGGCCUGGGGCCUUGCCUGCUAAGGAAUAUUGAGAUUUUAAAAGAAAGGUUUUAUGUGUAUUGCCCCAAAUCAUGUGCUUCUUCUGAUUUCUUAAUACCUUUCCACACCCAGAUUUCACCUGCGUUCACGGAGAAGACCAUUUGAGGCCAUUUGGUACACACCUCUGGAGGCUGAGUCGGUUCAUGAGGUCACUUGUCAAAAAUAUUGCUCAGUUUGCAGGACUGCAUUAUAACUGUAACAUACACUGUGACUGGCGUUUCUCAAAGUUCAUAUUGUGUGACUGACCUGAAGUCAGUUGGAAUUUGUAAACAGGGUAGCAAACAAGAUAUUUUUCUUCCAUGUAUACAAUAAUUUUUUUAAAAAGUGCAAUUUGCGUUGCAGCAAUCAGUGUUAAAUCAUUUGCAUAAGAUUUAACAACAUUUUUUAUAAUGAAUGUAAACAUUUUAACUUAAUGGUACUUAAAUAAUUUAAAAGAAAAAUGUUAACUUAGACAUUCUUAUGCUUCUUUUACAACUACAUCCCAUUUCUAUAUUCCCAAUUGUUAAAGAAAAAUAUUUCAAGAACAAAUCUUCUCUCAGGAAAAUUGCCUUUAUUCAUUUGUUAAGAAUUCUUAUACAAGAACACCAAUAUCCCCCCCUUUAUUUUACUGUGGAAUAUGUGCUGGAAAAAUUGCAACAAAACUUUACUACCUAACAGACAAUAUUUGUAAAUAUUCUAGGUAUCUGUACACACUAAGGUGAAGUCUCUACAGUGUGACUAACCCACAGGCAGGUUGGUUUACAUUAAUUUUUAAAAAUGGGAUGUCAUAUGGAAACCUAUUUCACCAGAGUUUUAAAAAUAAAAAGGGUAUUGUUUUGUCUUCUGUACAGUGAA